AUGCUCGGCCUAACGGCAGCAAAAGUAUUCGCUUUUAUUUCCCAGUACCUUCCCCCGAUAACAUUUUUUACCAAUCAUAAGCCGGCUUCGACGUAUCACCACAGAAGGAGAGACCUCAAAAGCUACCGAAUACUCCAAGCCCAGACAAACCAUACCCAACCAAACUUCAAGUUCAGUGAUGAGAGCGACAGUGGAGCUUGCCAGAUCACCGAACCGUACGAGAAGAUUGUCAGCGCGCCGUUGGAUUAUCUGUUAUCUAUUCCAGGGAAAGAUAUCCGGGGCAAAUUGAUAUCAGCUUUCAAUGAAUGGCUCCAUGUGCCGGAGGAUAAAUUGGCCGUUGUGAGAGAAGUGAUUGAUCGGCUACACACAGCAUCGCUACUGAUAGAUGAUAUUCAGGACUCAUCCUGUCUCCGUCGGGGACAUCCCGUGGCUCAUGAUGUCUUUGGCAUCGCCCAGACCAUCAACGCGGCCAACUACGCAUAUUUCCUACAACAGGAAAGGGUGAGCGAGAUCAAUGACCCGCGCGCAUUUCACAUUUUUACCCAGGCGCUGCUGGAUCUGCACAUAGGCCAAGGGAUGGACCUCUACUGGCGCGAUGCCCUAGUGUGUCCCACAGAAGCGGAAUACACCCGCAUGGUUAUGUACAAAACUGGCGGGUUGUUCCGACUUGCCGUGGAAUUGAUGCAAAUCCAAAGCACUACGACUACGGACCUUUCCCGACUAGUGGGGCUAUUGGGUAUCAUCUUCCAGAUCCGAGAUGAUUAUAUGAACCUACAGAGUGGUAUCUAUGCAGAAAAAAAGGGAUCGAUGGAGGACUUGACAGAGGGAAAGUUUUCCUAUCCUGUAAUCCAUAGCAUCCGCGCAGCUCCAGGCAAUACGCAGCUCAUCAAUAUUCUCAAACAACGCAGUGAAGACAGAGCAGUUAAAGUCCGAGCCGUGCAAUACAUGGAGUCAACAGGGAGUUUUCAGUACUGCCGGGAGGUAUUGAGCGGGCUCAUGGAGCAGGCACGGAGCCAUGUUGACGAGCUGGAGAUACUCUUGGGUCCCAAUCAGGGAAUUCGUCAUAUUCUUGAUUUACUUCAGGUACACCCACCAAAUGUGAAUCCAGCGCCAUAA